UGCCCAGUCCUUCGCAGGGCGCUGACCAGCGAACAGACGACAGUUGAGCAAGGCGCGAGCGCACAGUCAGAGGGUUGCAACCGUGACUUUGUUUGGACUGACCUAUGAAACUGUGACAAACUGUGGACUGCUUCCUUAUGCCACAUGUAUCCUCCUUCUUGGCUUUAUCCAUCAUUUAAUUCCGUAGUUUGUAAGAGACACCAUGACCCAGUUGGAGGAUAAACACGCACGAGUGGAUGGCACAGACACUGAAAUGGAUGGCACAGACGCUGAAAUGCACUCCACUGAAAGGUGACUUCCAGCCACUUCACCUUCCCAAAACUUUUGAAUAUGCCAAGACUUCAUUAUGAGCUCCAACAGCACAGACCCUGGCCUCUACCUGACCAUCAGCUCCCCAGGAAUGGGCAUCGUCUACCCAGACACCAACACUCUCCACAGGGACCCCUGGCCAGAGCUAACCAGCCCAGAUGACAAGGACUCCUUCCUCAGUGUCCUCUUCAACCUCACAGGCUCGCUCAAUGAGACGGUGACCUCUCUGACCUAUGACCCUCUGGGGGGUCACACAGUGUGGCAGGUGGUCCUCAUUGUGUUCCUCACUGGCCUCCUGUCCCUGGUCACCAUCAUUGGCAACAUCCUGGUGGUGGUAUCCUUCAAGGUCAACCGCCAGCUCAAGACUGUCAACAACUACUUCCUGCUCAGCUUGGCCGUGGCUGACCUCAUCAUCGGGGUCAUCUCCAUGAACCUUUACACCACCUACAUCAUCAUGGGCCAGUGGGCCCUGGGCAACUGGGCCUGUGACCUGUGGCUGGCUAUUGACUAUGUGGCCAGUAACGCAUCCGUCAUGAACCUGCUGGUCAUCAGUUUUGACCGCUACUUCUCCAUCACCCGGCCCCUCACCUACCGGGCCAAGCGGACCACACGGCGGGCUGUCCUGAUGAUCGGCCUGGCCUGGUUCGUGUCCCUGGUCCUGUGGGCCCCAGCCAUCCUGUUCUGGCAGUACUUUGUGGGGGAGCGCACAGUGCCCCCUGAGAAGUGCUACAUCCAGUUCCUCUCAGAGCCCAUCAUUACAUUCUGCACGGCCAUGGCUGCCUUCUACCUGCCUGUUACUAUUAUGAGUGUGCUCUACUGGCGGAUCUACAGGGAGACGCAGAACCGCGCACAGGAGCUGGCGGGCCUGCAGGGCUCAGGGAGCCGAGGCAGGAGAGGAGAGAGGGCUCACUUCGUCCACCACCAGGCUGGUAGUGCCAGGAGCUGCAGCAGCUACGAGCUGACCCAGUCCUCCCAGAGAAAGAGCCCCGGUCGGGCGCUGGCCGCACGCUUCCACUGCUGGCCCAUUAUGCGCUCCUGGAGGCCUGGCAGCACCCGGCCCAGGGAGGGGGAUGCUGACCACAGCAGCAGUGACAGCUGGAACAACAACAACGCCAGGCUGUCAGUGGACCACUCAGGCUCGUCUGAGGACGAGGAGGGAAACGGUAGAGGGAUGAUGCCUCAGGACCGCGCCAUCUUCUCAAUAGUCCUCAACCUGCCGGGGAUGAAGGCAGCCGUCAACUCCCACCUCACCUCCUGCGAGGACCUGGACCUAGCCUCAGAAGAGGACCCCCUUAGGGGGGAGGAGGACAGCCGCGACGGCCUCUCUACCACCACCACUACUACCACCCCUGAUGGGGCCAACACAGACAACAGCAGCUACCACCAACGCUUCCCCUCCCGGAUCUCCAAAGUCCAGUCCAUGCCUGCCCUACAGGCCACCAGAGUGGGGCCGCUCUCUGGCUCCUCUGCCACCACCACCAAAUCACCCUCGGCGCCCAUCUCCUUCAAAGACGCAGCUCUAGCCAAGAGAUUCGCCUCCAGGGCUCGGACGCAGAUCACCAAGCGCAAGCGCAUGUCUCUGGUGAAGGAGAAGAAGGCGGCACAGACCCUCAGCGCCAUCCUGUUUGCCUUCAUCAUCACAUGGACACCCUACAACAUCAUGGUGCUGGUCAACACCUUCUGUAAUGGCUGCAUCCCCGAGGCUCUGUGGGCGCUGGGCUACUGGCUGUGCUACGUCAACAGCACCGUCAACCCCAUGUGCUACGCCCUGUGCAACAAGACCUUCCGCACCACCUUCAAGAUGAUACUGCUCUGUCGCUGGGACCAGCGCAAGCGGCGGCGGAAGCAGCAGUUCCAGGAACGGCAGUCCGUAGUGUUCCACAGGAGAAUUCCUAAAGACUCAACGUAGCGGGAUAUAGACCCAGUGGGAAUCUGGUGAUGAUGAUGAUGAUGAUGAUGAUGAUGAUGAGUCUGGGAUCUGACAGGACAGUGGAUGGAUGAUGCAUCCUAAAGGUUCUGUCUGUGGUUUCUAACUGCACAGAGAUUCCCAGGGAUGCGGCCAUGUUGUUGCUGUGAUGUCUGAUGUUCUUUAUGGAGUCACAACCUCCCCAGUGACAUAUUCCUCUGUUUCUUCAAGAGAGCUCCUGUGGUGAAAGCUUCCUCUAGAUCAUUCUCAGCGUUUCAGAGAAGUGCAGCUGAAAGAACUGACAGUGAAAACCAAUAGAACAAGGGCUUUAAAUGCAAUGAGGGGACAAUUCAAAGUGCAAUUGAUACCUAGGGAGAUAAUAUGAUAUAAUAUGUGUUAUGGAUUUGGGGUUUUCCAUUUCUUACCAUUUCUUUCUCAGUGGUAGAGCUGUAUCGUACAGAGCAGUUGGGGGUUUCAAAGUAAACUGUACAUCUGUUAUAUCAAAUAGAAAACCAAGGCCAAAACAUUGUGCAUUGGCUAACUGAACUUGAUUUAUUUGUUCCUUUUUUACUCUGACUUCUGUACAUUGACUUCCACUUGGAUAUAGCUUUCUUGUGUCUUAUAAAAUGAGAGGAUUUAAAACAAAACGGUGUCCUAUUUGUGACUACCAGUGUUUCACAGUUGUUGGGUAUUUUUGUGUAAUAAAUUGGUCUAUAGAUUUUUGUCUAUAGAUUGUGAGCCAGUCUGAAAAUAUUUCUGAGUACCUCAGUAAGCUGGUAUUCUGUUCAAUGUGAGUUGUGGUUUACAUGCUCGAGACAGUAAAUGCAUCAAGUUAUUCAAUUGUUGUUUAUUUACCUGAGGUUUUUGAGUAAUGGUAAUAUGAUAUUUCUAACUUGAUACCUAAUUAUUGAUUGUACACUAAAGAGAGCCGUCAUUAUGAAUUGUAAUGUUUUGAUUAUUGGAUAAUAUUUUUAAAGGUUUGUCCAUUUCUUCUCACUUGUUGUCCAAAUGUAAUUCCCUUAGUAAAAUAUUGGUCUGUGGUCCCUAGAUGAAGGCUCUAGCUCCUAGUGGAUUUAGCAGUGCCACAGCAGCAUCUGCUGGAUGAAUAGAAUUCUACACUCUAGUAACUUCCAGCUUACUUCCAUCAGGGAAAUGAUGUUGUGGAUCCAUAAGACAGUGGGAGAUUCUGAGUUGGGUCAAAGUCUGUCCUCUCCUCCUCCGUCCUCCUCUGCUCGGUGACCCGGAAACGGAAAAAUGGUAGGAGAGUUUCAAUUCGGAGGAUGCUCAGCUGCAUCCUUUACGCAGAAGAGUUUUGAAAUCUGCCACACCCCCUUUGAAACAGCAUUUGUUUUCUCAGAGGAGAAAAGCAUGCACACAUUUAAAAAAGGAUACACUACUUAUCCUUUUAUCUAUAAAAUGUCUAGCUCAACUCGCUACAUAUUUACCACUUUACAUUUUACAUUUAAAAUUUACAUCAUUUAGCAGACGCUCUUAUCCAGAGCGACUUUACACAGGUAUUUUGGGAUUCCACCUCUGUAAACGUCAUUUGCAUGAUGCGUUAGAGAGAGGAGAGUCUCAUUUCAUAUAAGCGUCAUGUUUCCACGUUUUCUCUCCUUGCCUCCUCUCCUCAAUUCUCUAUGAGCUUUUUCAAAAGGAGGUGAGGAGAGGACGGAAGAGAGGAAUGGAGAAAAUCCAAUUGAGAUUCUCUCAUAGAAUCCCGUAGCUGAGAAUAGGUAUGAAACUUAAAAGACAAUGGUUAGACUAGCUUAGACCUGCUACAUAUAGCAAAUGGAUGGUUAGACUAGCUUAGACCUGCUACAUAUGGCAAAUGGAUGGUUUGACUAGCUUAGACCUGCUACAUAUGGCAUAUGGAUGGUUUGACUAGCUUAGACCUGCUACAUAUGGCAAAUGGAUGGUUUGACUAGCUUAGACCUGCUACAUAUGGCAAAUGGAUGGUUUGACUAGCUUAGACCUGCUACAUAUGGCAAAUGGAUGGUUUGACUAGCUUAGACCUGCUACAUAUGGCAAAUGGAUGGUUUGACUAGCUUAGUCCUGCUACAUAUGGCAAAUGGAGCUGAAAAGUGGUGCUCUUUUCAUCUUACAUCACAAAGCCAGUGAUUUCCAAAAUUGAACAUUUCCGUCAGUUGUACAUCAAGUUAUUUGACCGUGCAAACAGUGUGAUUUAAGGUGAUUUGUCUACAUGUUUUCAAUAACACCCAAUGCUAAACAAUGGAAUAGCUCCAUUUAAAAAUGUAUUGCCAUACUAUGUGAUGCACCAUGUUUCAGGCCUGAACCGGAUGAAUACCGAGAAAAAAGAGAGAGAAAAAACAUUAUUAUUUUUAUGUAUGGAUUUUGCUGUUUAAGUGUAUGUAUUACACUUAGGUUUGUAAAUGGAUAGUGAAAGCAAAUAACAUACAUGUACCACAGGCAUGUUGAGUGACGACUAUGUGAUAUUGAGUAGAAUGGCAGAAUGCUACCAUGUGGUGUAACACUUUCUAAUAACGCUCAGACAGAAUGUUAUUAUAAAGUGUUACCCAGUGGGUUAUGUAAGCCAGAUAAAGAUGAAAGAUGAGAGAAAUUAUUUACUGUCUGAACUGCCAACAGAUAUUUAUUCUGCUUUCAACACCAUGUGCUACAGUGUUAUUAUACUCCUGAUAAAGUGAGGUGUUUAUGUUUGGGAUGUGAACUACCUGACGUAAGAUCAAAUUAAUAGCAAAAUAUAACUUUAAUAGUUUUUUGUUACAUUUCAAGUAUGCUAAUCGUACCCAUGUUUUAAGUG